CUCCUGCGUCUCUGCCUUUGAGAAGGAGACAGGCAAGCAGAGAGAAAAGCGCUACAGCGUCCAUCACAAAUUUGGGGAUCGGCGGGAUGGCGUCACUGGCGCCCGAACCUACUUCUACGCCGAUGAAGCCAAAUGCGACCGGCACAUGGAGACGUUCGUGAAAUGCAUUGAGGCCUCAGGAGGCAGCUCCGAAGACGGAUUCUCUGCCAUCAAACUCACGGCGCUGGGCAGGCCGCAGUUCCUGCUGCAGUUCUCAGAGGUGCUGGUGAAAUGGAGAAGCUUCUUCCACCAACUGGCUGCUGAGCAGGGCAAGGUGGGCCUGGCAGCCCUGGAAACCAAACUGGAGGUAGAGAAGCUGCAGGAGGCCCUGGCCAACCUGGGAAUUGCCACCAAAGCGGAAAGCCAGCAGUGGUUCGCGGGCGAGAAAUUGGGCCUGACAGGAACGGUGGACUUGCUGGAUUGGAACAGUUUGAUCGAUGCCCGGAUUCAAAUCUCCAAACUUCUGCUUGUUCCCAACCUGAAGACAGGCCAGCUUGAGCCGCUCCUGUCUCGCUUCACCCAGGAAGAGGAGAGGCAGAUGAAGCUGACCAUCGACGUAGAGCUCUCACGCCGGGAAGGCUGGCAUUUCGGAGCCAAGCUGGUGAGGGGCGCCUACAUGGAGCAGGAGCGAAGUCGGGCGGCCGAGGUGGGCUACGAGGAUCCCAUCAACCCAACCUAUGAAAAGACGAGCGAGAUGUACCACAGAUGCCUGGACUACAUCUUGGAGGAGAUCCGGCACAGCCGGAAGGCCAACGUGAUGGUGGCUUCUCACAAUACAGACACAGUCAAGUUCACCCUGGGCAGGAUGGCAGAUCUUGGCAUCCACCCUUCGGAGAACAAGAUCUACUUUGGGCAGCUUCUGGGCAUGUGUGACCAAAUCACCUUCCCUCUUGGUAAGGCGGGCCUUCAAGGAGAGUGA